UGAAGAACAGUAGAGAAGUAAUCGGCGGAUAUAAUCCGUUUAAUUGGAAACAUGACCGAUGGAAAAGUUCGGAGGAUUUUUGGAGACCUGAUGCUAGAAGUUUCAUAUUCUCAUUUCCUAAUGGUGAAACAAAUAAUGUAAAUUUAAGUAGAAUCAAUCCAUUUUAUACUAAGUAUGCAAUGUUUAUUAAAAAAAAUGGCGGACCAGAAUUCGGAAAUCAAGAUUUCUGCAUGAACAAUCAGUUCGACUGGAAAACUGGUGUAAAAUGUAGGAAAACUUAUUAUUUAAAGAAAAUACGAGACAGUGAAGAAAGUUUUGCUGUGGAUGAAUAUGAAUUAUUUAAAUUGGUUAGAAA